AUGCCAGUUGCAAAAGUACAGGCAAGCGAAACUUUUGGAAGCAGCACAAGGAAGGAAAAGUCUAAAGAUAUACCACAGGGAACUUUUCGACUACCGUGUUCCGCUGACAACAUUACUACGAAGACGGGCUCGCACAUCAUCCCGGUAAUAGAUGGAAUCGAUUACGAAGAGAUUCUACACCAAGCUCUUUUGCUCGUCAACACUCGUGUCAAACCCCGCUAUUCCCAUUGGAGGGAUACGGGUGCAUGCCAAGAUGAACGAUAG